AUGGAGACGAUCGUGGAGAAGAACAACGACCUGGUGACCACGGCCAUUUUGGAUGACCAGUCUGUGUGUGGUCGCGGUGAACGUCUGGCGCUGGCUCUGGCGAGGGAGAAUAUCAACAGUCUGAUGGAGGGCUCCUCCCAGGCGAGGGUGGAGGUGGAUGUCUACGAGCUGCAGAAGGACUCCCAUCACAUCUGUGGGGAGAAGGAGAUCCCUCACGUGAAGAUCGGCCCGGAGGAAACGCCCAAGCUGCCGUACCUCCGCUUUGCCUCGGUGACCCUCUACCCGAGUAACGAGGACCUGAGCCUGGCCAUCGGCUCCAUCCUGCGCUCCUUCGGCUACCCGACAGCCAGCCUGAUCUGUGGCAAAGCAGAGUGUCUGCUGCGAUUGGAGGAGCUGGUCCGCCGCUUCCUCAUCUCCAGGGAGACGCUGUCGGUGCGGAUGCUGGACGACAGUCUGGACCCCACCCCCCUGCUGAAGGAGAUACGUGAUGACAAAGUGGCCACCAUCAUCAUUGACGCCAACGCCUCCAUCUCGUAUCACAUCCUCAGGAAGGCUAACGAGUUGGGGAUGACGUCCGCCUUCUACAAGUACAUCCUCACCACCAUGGAUUUCCCCCUCCUGCGACUUGACGAUGUGGUGAACGAUCAGUCAAACAUCGUGGGCUUCUCCAUGCUGAACAUCAGCCAUCCUUUCUACCUGGAGUUCAUCAGGAGCCUCAACCUGUCCUGGAGGGAGGGCUGCGACGUCAGCCCGUACCCGGGACCCGCGGUGAGACGGGACAGACUGUCGUCAGCACUGAUGUUCGACGCCGUUCACGUGGUGGUGAGCGCCGUGCGAGAGCUGAACCGCAGUCAGGAGAUCGGCGUGAAGCCGCUGAGCUGCACCUCCCCGCUCAUCUGGCAGCACGGCACCAGCCUCAUGAACUACCUGCGCAUGGUGGAGUACGACGGUCUGACAGGUCACAUCGAGUUCAACAGCAAAGGCCAGAGAACCAAUUACACCCUGAAGAUCCUGGAGAAACACCCUGCAGGCCAUAAAGAGAUUGGCAUUUGGUACUCCAACAACACGCUGGCCAUGAACUCCACCUCCCUGGACCUCAACGCAUCAGAGACGCUGGCCAACAAGUCGCUCGUCGUCACCACAAUACUGGAAAACCCUUACGUGAUGCGCAAGUCCAACUACCAGGAGUACCAGGGCAACGAUCAGUAUGAGGGCUUCUGCGUGGACAUGCUGCGGGAGCUGGCAGACAUCCUGAAGUUCUCCUUUAAGAUUAAGCUGGUGGACGACGGGCUGUACGGAGCACCAGAGCCCAACGGCAGCUGGACCGGCAUGGUGGGGGAGCUCAUCAACAGGAAAGCGGACCUGGCGGUGGCCGGCUUCACCAUCACGUCGGAGAGAGAGAAGGUGAUCGAUUUCUCCAAACCCUUCAUGACUCUGGGGAUCAGCAUCCUGUACCGGGUUCAUCUGGGUCGUAAGCCGGGCUACUUCUCCUUCCUGGACCCGUUCUCUCCGGCUGUCUGGCUCUUCAUGCUUUUGGCUUACCUCGCCGUCAGCUGCGUCCUCUUCCUCGCAGCCAGGCUCAGUCCCUACGAAUGGUACAACCCUCAUCCGUGUUUGCGGGAGCGGCGGGACAUCCUGGAGAACCAGUACACGCUGGGGAACAGCCUGUGGUUCCCAGUGGGCGGCUUCAUGCAGCAGGGCUCCGAGAUCAUGCCGCGGGCGCUGUCCACACGCUGCGUCAGCGGAGUCUGGUGGGCUUUCACCCUCAUCAUUAUCUCGUCCUACACGGCCAACCUGGCAGCAUUUCUCACGGUCCAGAGGAUGGAGGCGCCCAUCGAGUCUCCGGACGAUCUGGCGGACCAGACCAACAUCCAGUACGGCACCAUCCACGGAGGCUCCACCAUGACCUUCUUCAUGAACUCGCGGUACCAGACGUACCAGCGGAUGUGGAACUACAUGUACUCCAAGCAGCCCAGCGUGUUCGUGAAGAGCACAGAAGAGGGCAUCGCCCGCGUGCUCAACUCCAAGUACGCCUUUCUGAUGGAGAGCACCAUGAACGAGUACUACCGCAGCCUCAACUGCAACCUCACGCAGAUCGGAGGACUGCUGGACACCAAAGGAUACGGCAUCGGCAUGCCUCUGGGCUCUCCGUAUAGAGACGAGAUCACUCUGGGAAUACUGCAGCUGCAGGAGAGCAACAGGCUGGAGAUCCUGAAGAGACGCUGGUGGGAGGGAGGACAGUGCCCCAAAGAGGAGGACCACAGGGCCAAAGGGCUCGGCAUGGAGAACAUUGGCGGGAUCUUCGUGGUUCUGAUUUGCGGCCUCAUCAUUGCCGUCUUCGUGGCCAUCAUGGAGUUUGUGUGGUCGACACGCCGCACCGCCGAGACGGACGAGGUUUCCGUCUGUCAGGAGAUGCUGACGGAGUUCCGUAAUGCCGUAUCCUGUAAGAAGAAUUCUAGAUCCCGUCGUCGCAGACCCCUGACCAGCACUGGGGGCGGAGUCCUACGUCACCCAUCCCGCCUGACUCUGGCCGGUCCCCGCCCCAUCCGCCUGAUUCGAGAGAUGCGUCUCAGCAACGGGAAACUGUACAGUGGCGCCGGCCCAAUGACGGGCGGGUUGGCAGGGGUCGGGAUGGGAGGAUGCCCCGAUCUGGGCCCGGGGCCACAGAGGCUCCUGGAGGACCCGCUGGGCACCAAAACCUCUACCACCACCCCCCCUCCUGCGUCAGCCCUAGUGGCUCCGCCCGCCCCCCCGCGCAGCUUCCUGCAGGCCUGCAGUCACGUACGCAUCUGCCAGGAGUGCCGGCGGAUCCAGAGCCUGCGACCGGCCGCGCUUACCCCACCCCCUCCCCCUCCGCCCUCCUCGUCCUCCUCCGCCUCCUCCUGCUCCCGGGUCCCGCCCUCAGUGGCGAUGACAGGCCUUCACCCCCGUCACAGCGCUCACCAUCAUCUCCAUUAUCACCACGGCUCCAUGUCGCUGCCCCGCCUUCCGCCGCCCCCUCCCCCGAUGCCGACGGACAGAGCUGACAGCGACGGGGGCGUGGCGAGCCCGCAGCGGUACAAAAACAAACCUGUGCCCCCGCCCCGGCCGCUGCCCCCCAACAAGACCCCGACACACCCACCGACAGACUUACUCAGCGGACACGACUGAGCCUAAGGAUGCUGUCUGUGGGGUCAAAGGUCACAAACUACUCAUUGACCCCAAAGCUGUACUGGUCUAAACUGGCUCUUCAGCAGGGGUCAAAGGAGGAAACCAUUCUGACCCCUUUGUGGGGGUCAUCCAUUAAAGCAAAGACACGUCAGUGGACUGCACCAAACCUUUACGGGGGUGAGCGGAUUGACCCGCUCUGAGGAUGGAGGACUACUCACGGACUUUUUACCUUUUGGAUUAAAGCAGACAAACAGGAAGUGACUGUCUGAGGCCGACCCACCCUCAGCCAAUCGUCUCGAUCCAUGCCGAGCAACGAGGACUCAGACAGGCUGAGGUUUGAUACUGAUCCAGGUGUUUGUAUAGACGAAACGCUACAGAUACACACACUCACACAAAGUGGAGAAGAAGAAAAACUAAGUCUGUGAUUGUAUUUCCUGUCCUGUUGUCCAAUCAGAGGAGCUUCUCCUCCUCCUCGUCCCGAUCCUGAAGCUGAUGUCACAGCGAUCUGAUCGCCGAGUUGUCUCAUUUCUAAAGGUCACCUGUCAGCUGCCGGCGGCGCUGAGCUCCAUCGCUGAAUAAUUUGGACCUGCUGUACAAAAAAACAACCUGUUGACUUUUUCCCUUUUUUACUAUGACAUGA